AUGAAGUUCCUCCCGGUUCUUACUAUCUUCUUCGCCAGCGUCCUUGCUGCUCCUGCUCGUCGUAGUGGCGACAAUGAUACCUUCUUUGAUCCCUGCCCAACUAUCUAUGGCGAGGUUAAGUGCUGUAAUCCUGGUGUUGCUGGUUUUGAUGUUAACUGUGUUAAUCCUACUCCUGCUCCUACAAGUCUCGAUGACUUCAAGGCCAGUUGCGCCAGUGUUGGCAAGAAUGCCCGUUGCUGCAUUGACCGUGGAGUAAGUUAA